GGAAGAGGGCAUCAUAAACAAAAAUUUUAGGUUAGCUUUAUUGUUAUAGAUAGAAAAUCCCAGUCUAGUCCAAAUAUUUAGUGGAUAUCUACUUUGGCAUUGUCUAGUUUUUCAACUGCUCCUUCUACUUUUUCAAAAAUGUUUUGUCUUGCUUAUUUCAGCAGAAGUGAACUAAAUACACCUUAUUUCCCUUCAGUAUUAUGUCAGUAUUCCAAAUACACCUGAUUAAUCAAUAGUCUUUAAACACAACAUUGAGCAUGUGCCGUUCUUCAACCCCGUCAGUCUCUACUACACCCCUCACCCUCAGGUUUGAUAGGUCAAUGGCUAUUUUGUGCAAUCAAUAUGAAGAAUUAAAGUAUAUGUAAUGACGUAUUUAGUUUCGGUGAAGCAUUCAAAAUGAUCCUCGCGUCUAUAUUGUGCAAAAAGUGAUUUGUAGUUUGUAGGGGUGGACAGGCCCCCAAUAUGCAGACUUUAAGAAAGAAAACUAGCCCUUUAAAGUAUAAAAAUGAAACUACCAAGUUUCUUGGGGAUGGAGUUAGUUUUAAAGCAAAGCUUAUUGGUAUUCUUGAAGUAUCGGAGGCAAGGGGCGACAGAAUGUGCCAGGAGGCGCUCUCUGAUCUCAAGAUGGCGAUCCGAGCUGCUGGCGAACAUAAGCAACGCAUAACCGUUAAUAUCGCCAUUGACGGACUGAGGCUAAGAGAUGAAAAAACAGGGGAUUGUCUUUAUCAUCAUCCAGUACACAAAAUCUCAUUCAUUGCUCAGGAUAUGACAGAUUCCAGAGCGUUUGGAUAUAUUUUUGGUUCUCCAGACACAGGACACAGAUUUUUUGGAAUCAAAACAGAUAAAGCAGCAAGUCAGGUUGUCAUUGCUAUGCGAGAUUUGUUCCAAGUCGUAUUUUCCCUAAAAAAGAAGGAAAUUGAAUUGGCAAAACAACAUUUGGAGAAAACAUAUUUGCCUAGCUCACCGUUAUUUUCCGAUCCGACUGGUUCUGGGACGAAGAUUAUAGAAAAAUCGAAAGUUGGACUCAAGGGACCCAGUACAGCGCCGGAACCAAAGGGUUCAGGUGCUGCAGUCGCGGAUUUGGUAGAUUUAGAAUUAGAACUGAGCAAUUUGCAGCAGGGUUUGAACCAAAUGGAAAAAAUUACACCAUCUAACCCAUAUGGAUCAAAAGAUGAUCCAUUUGGAGACAGUUUUGUAUAUUAUCCUGUAAAUAAACUCAUUUUGCCGCCUCCUCCUUCAUCCGGACGAGAAAGGUCAUCCAGAAUGAGCGAUGUUACCAGCAUAUUUAGCCCGAAAACUCCCCACAUCCCACGAAAUUUGGAAACUGGCGGGGAUACUUUCAGAGAGCUGAGCGAGGCCUUUCCGUUUUCGCAAGAGUUGAGCGGUUCGCAAGAUCAGACACUCAGCGCCGAUUGGUUCUCUGGGAGUGAGAAGUUCAAUGAGCCGGUAUCCAUUCCGGAAGUUUUGAAGGAAGAUAAAAUUCGUGAUGAAAAGCACGAAAUGACUAAGAGGGAGAUUUUGUCUCAGUUUGAUGUUUUUACGGAGUUGGACCCACUAGGUACCGGUAGGAGUAAGCCAUAUAUUGAUAAGAAAUAUUUCUUUCAAGAACUGAAAAAUCCCCCCAAGAAGGUACUCAACGAUUUGGUCUCGUCCGGCAACAACCAAGACCUGUUCGUCUCGGAAGGCGGUACCGUGAGGAACCCAUAUUCUAAUACCGCGAACGUGUUCGCCAACGAUCCGUUCGGCGAUGAUCCCUUCGUUAAAAACGAUCCAUUCGCCGAUUCCGAUUUUACCCGUCAAGAACCGUUCAACGCGGAUUUCGUCAAUUUUACGCCCACCCUAACGAGCAACUGGGAAAAGAACGAAAGUCUGACCAAAUCCCCGAAACUAUCAGCCAGUCCGAAAAUGCUCGGCACCACCUUCGACACGUUUAACGAAACCAAAUUGAGCACAUUGACCAAUUUAGAUAUUUCUUCGGGGUCGGAAAGCACCCCGGAACCGCCACCCCGUCCCAUUUCCACACUAACGGAAGUCAGACCUCCGCCUUUACCGCCUAAAAAGCAAAGCGAUAUUUUAAUCAAACCGCCGCCCCGACCGCCGCAUACGGAAGACGCGGGGGUCUACGACUUAGCUCAGGAUGCGCCAAGCAUCAGCCAGGAGAAGGGUCCGCCCUUACCGGCUCCCUUGAGGAAGUCGAAGAUCGAACCAGAAUUCGGAAAUCAACCAGAGAGACCCCAUAAAAAGCUGAACGUUACUUCCAGCGACGAAGAUUAUUUAACCCCGAUCUCAUUUCCGGAAAGACUGCCUCCACCUCAGAGAAGCCCACGCGGAGGUAGAUCGCCGCCUAGAAGCAUCCCAGCAGCAGACGGUCUGGAUAUUACCCUGAGCAAAUUGACUUUGAGCGAUUUGAACGAACUUGCCACGAAACUUAGCAUACCGUCGAAUCAAUUAAGCAAUAUGCCGCUGAUGCAGCUGGCCAGCUACAUUUCAAAUUUUAUCAAAACAAAGUCGGUUCAGCAAGAUAUUACUGGUACCUCGUCGGAGGAGAAAUUCGCUACUUUCGAUGCCGAUUUCUCGAACAACUUCAGCGGCAACGCUUCUUACGAUAAGUACGCUGUAUUCAGAGAGCUGCAGGAGGAAAUCCAGCAGGGCAAGCCCGAGGAGGAACCGCGAAAGGAGACGGACGACAAAUUUGAGGAUUCCAUUGAUAAAGAGAUCGAGUCGGAGUCGGUAGACGUUAAACCUGACGACAAGUACGCCGCGUUAAGGGAAAUUGUAGAUAAGGAAUUCGAGCAAGUGGGAUUGAGACGAGAGGAAAAGACUGAUGUUACGGAACCUGAAAAUACUCAAGCCAGUGCUUCGCGGGUUACUGAAGAAGUUAAAGUUAGCGUAGAAAAAACGAAAGAUGAUCCGGUUACCCCGCAUAAUGAAAUAAUCUCAAAGGACUCGGUUAUCGAGUACGCAGUGGAUAUCGUAGAGAAAUCAAAGUGUUCGACGCCCGAAAAAUCACCGUCGAAAAGUCCCAUACCGAUGGUGUCCAAAGAAUCCGCCGGCAAUAGAUUGACUUCGGGUUCUUUGUCAGAUAUCGUAAGCGGAAGUUCGCCGGAGGCGGAUAAUACCGGCAGCAAUUCCGAUAUACCCAGGAAGGAGAACGGCACAGAUUUGGGUGAAUCGUGGGCUGUGUUCGACCAAACGGGUGGGGCCACUUCAGCCUCAUUAAAAGAAAAUCUGUGUACCGCUCAUAGCGAGGAGGGAGUCUCCCCAUGGUCGAGCGAUUCAAAGGAAUUCGCCGCCGGUUCCCCCACUGAGUGGAGGAAAAACCCCAAAAACGAACGCUGGCAGGAGAAACGAGAACAAGAUGGUUGGUGGGAUACUUCAGCUGAACCCGAAGUGUACAACCCGGCAAAUAGAAGAUCGACGGAUUCCUACGAGGAGGAGUAUUAUGAAUGCUACGAUCGGCCGAGGCGCCGUAGACAAGGGCCGGGAUGGCAGCAUGUUCGUCAGCCAACCGGCGGUCAUUCUUCAAGUUCUAGAGAUGUCAGUCCUUGGGAGGAGGAGCCCAAUAGGAGAGAAGGGUGGCCCAUAUCUAGAACGUCGAAAGGCCAUCCGUUUGACAGACACAGAGAUAUGAAACACGCAGAUAGUUGGGACGAUGAGGACGACGAUUACGAGUACGACGAAGAGCAUCGGUCAGGUCGACGUUAUUUUGAACGGAGCGGUUCCAAAGAAUCCGAGAGGCACAUCAGCAGGGACUCGGAAAACGCCAGAUGGGUCGCGAACUGGAACGCCGAUCGCCGGUACAGAAAACGACGGGACGGCACAAAGGAGUCGAUUGAUCCGAAGGAGCGGUGGUGUUGUGUAGACUGGAAACGGAAUGAACGUGAUAUUAAUUUAGAUAAAUCGAGACGAUACGUUGGUAGUAGAAAACCGGCAGUAGAUAGGAGGGAGCGCCACGACGAAAGAUUCCGGGACAAAAGGGAAUCGCAAGAAUCGCCAUGGGAGGAUGAGUACUUUAACGAGCCGGCAGAAUCCCAUUCUCGGCACUACUUGCCGACAAAACGAAACUGGAAGCAAAGGCCAAGCAGCGCUUCCGAAAUGGAAAGGAAAUCGGGCGAGAACAAGAGCAGAGCUUACUUAGGAGCCGGUGGAAGUGACGGCGAGAAAGACAGGCGAUUCAAAGGCACCAGGCGCUCGCGUAGCCGUGAUUCACAAUACGGCGAUGGUCAUCAUCGCCACAAGCCGGACGCGGCCUCAAUACGGAGCCAGUACCGGAGCAAGCAACACGCCCACUCGCGGACGAUGGACGCCGACUAUAAAGAAAGCAAAAAGUUUUCGGGUCAGGAGACCGAGAAGAAACCGCCUUCUAUAAAUAAGAAGAAGACAAAAGAUAGCACUCCUGGUCCGUACCCAAGAAAAGGCUGUGACAGAACAAAGUCGAUGUUUGUGGCCGACUUUGAGCCCACAAAGGAUAGUCCCGUCGAGUGGGAGGGAGAGAAGUUUGGUUUUGAGGUAGAGUUCGAGGUCUCGGAGACGAGAUCAACGGUCAGCAAAAGUUUAAAAGGCUUAAAAUCCAGCACGUUCGACAACACGGCGGACGAGACGAAAGAUAAGCAGAGUACCACGAAGGAGCACAAGGUGUCGCCGCGGUCACAGCCGAAGCCCCGGAGUCCCUUCGAGGACGAUUUUUCGCCUAGCGAACGAGCAUCAGAAGGCAACGGAAUCUCCAGUAUUAAAGAAGAGACUGAUAUCCAGGAGGAGGAGGAAGAGGAAGAGGAGGAUGAGGAUCGGUUCAGUUCGACGACGCAUAAAGUUAUAGCGCAGGGAAGAAAGAAUGUUCGCCAUCGGUUAUCUGCUGCCAGAACUAACGCCAAUUUGAAAAAGUCCGAAUCGGUGAACAUAUUCUCGAUGGAAGAUGAUCCCUUCGACGACGAGUUUUUUAGCGGCAAUGGGGGAGAACGAAUGCCUUCGAAGGACUCUGAUUACGGUUGGAUGGAAAAUUUUAAGGAAUAUAACAGCAGAAGGAAGUAAAUUAAAGACCUCUUUAAAUAAACGUUAUUUAUCAAAUUUUAUGUAGUCGCAGGUUAGAUUCGUCGCUAAAUUUAUUUUUGUCGUUUGCAGUGGCGUAGGCAGCGGAACGUUUGGGUCCGCGGUAGUGUAUUGUUUUUAAAAAAUGUUGGAAGAAAAUUGCCAAAAUUUAUAGACUAAGGUCAAUUAAUAAAACAACUGAGUUAUCGUGCCUAUCUACGCCACUGUUUUAGAAUCAUUGCAUGUCAUCAAAUGUACCAAGUGUUGUGUACUUACUUGUAAAUAGUUAACGUUAGGGGUACCUAAUGAAAGUCUAAAUGAUCAUUUUAUAAUAAACUCAAUGUGAACCAAACUUGAUUUUUUCUCGUAGACUUUAUAAAAUUUUAUUGUGUAUAUUAAUUUUUUUAUUAUAUAUACCGACUUUGUUA